AUGUCAUCCUUAUCUUGUCCUCUAAUCCCCUCUCUAGUCAUUCUCACCCAAACCUUACAUGCAUUGUACUCAGAAUUUUGGACCAGAGUAGAAGCUAUGAAAGGGACGAGGGGAAAGUUCUUUAUGAAAUUGAAAUUCAUACCAUCAUUUAGUACCUUGAAACAAGGUCUAGGCCCUCAGUUAGACCCCUCGGAGAAGGUUUCCAGUCAAAACUGUCAAAUUCCACCAGUUUACAAAGAACGAGAUGGGAAGAGCAACAACCUCUUAGAGUUAUUAGUUGGCAGUACUGGCGUGUCUGAACUGGAUAACCAUCCUCAGGAUGAAGAAAUGGAAUUGGACGUCAGUUUUAGCGACAAAGAUUGCUUUACAUCCUCCAUAAAGACCAAAGACAAGGUGCUUGCCAAGGAAACUCCAGAGAUUCCAAUCUUGUCACGCAGCAUCAUGGAACAUGGUGGUACACAUGAAGUAAAAGAAUUCGAAGAGAUAUGUCCACCCGGGGGAAGUGACUCCAUAGUUUUCUACACAACAAGCUUGAGAGGUAUCAGGAAAACAUUCGAGGACUGCAGCACAAUCCGGUUCUUGUUGGAAAGCUUUAAAGUAUUGUUCUACGAGAGAGAUGUUUCAAUGCAUUUGGAAUAUAGGGAAGAACUUUGGAACAUCAUGGGUAGUAGAGUGAUCCCUCCAAGGAUUUUCAUAAAGGGGAGGUACAUUGGAGGAGCUGAUGAAGUUGUCAGUUUACAUGAGCAAGGCAAGCUUAGGAAGCUCUUGGAAGUUAUACCACUCGACCCAUCCAGUUCCUCAUGCAGUGGGUGCGCCAAUGUGAGAUUUGUGGUGUGCCCUAAUUGCAAUGGCAGCCGGAAGAUUAUUGCAGAUGGGGAAAGCGAUGACUUGUUCAUUCGAUGCCCUGAAUGUAAUGAAAAUGGGUUGGUUAAAUGCCCAACUUGCAGCUGAUAAUCUAACGAAUAUGACCUGUUAAUUUCUAGCUCUUCUUGAUCAGCUGCUUGUAGGUGGAAAAAGAAAACCAUGACGUUUAGACCUCUCAAGAUGGAAUCUUUCAUCUUGGGGUUAAAUUUCAAGAAAAUGUUGCCUGUAGCUGAGAAUAGGAAGUUUAAGGAUAGCAUGUUAUUGCAGUGGAUGGCAUCAUGAUGUGUUGUUUAGAAAGAAAACACCUCCAUAAUCUAUAUAGUCCUAAUAUUGUUGUGGGCCUCAAUAUAUACAGAUUUAGAACAUUUUGGGAAGCCAUGCAAUUGAAGUAA